UACAUACAUACAUACAUACAUACACAAGAUGCUCAAGCGCACAACAACGUCGAUGCUGGCCUCGUCCUCCCGCAUCCUCAGACAACCCCUGACAAGAACCGUCGUCCCCGCGCCUUCUAUCCGCCACAUGAACGCCGCUGUCGCCACCAGACUCUUCUCCAUCUCCUCCUCUGCCCAGUCCCCUCCUCCCCCUCCGCAGUACUCCACAAGAACAACCGAGUCAAAUGCCCCUCGUCAUCCCAGGGUCCUGGUCACUGGUUCUUUGGGUCAACUUGGCUCUGGAUUGGUCAAGCAGCUCCGUGGCAUGUACGGCAAUGAGAACGUUAUUGCCUCCGAUAUUCGCAAGGCACCGGAUGCAUUCAUGGCCAGCGGUCCCUUUGUGUAUGCGGAUGUCAUGAACUACUCCCUGCUCGAGCGCAUCGUUGUCGACUGGCGCAUCGACUGGAUUGUACACUACUCGGCCCUGCUUUCUGCCGUCGCAGAAAAGAACCCUGCCUUGGCGCUGAGCGUCAACAUGACCGGAUUCCAGAACGUGCUGGAGUUGGCCAAGAUUCACCGUCUGAGACUGUACUCGCCCUCGACCAUUGGCGCAUUUGGUCCCUCGACUCCCAAGAACAACACCCCUGACUUGACCAUCAUGCGGCCCAACACCAUUUACGGCAUCACUAAGCUGCAUAACGAGCUCCUUGGCGAAUAUUAUCGUGAGAAAUUCGGCGUCGACUUCAGAUCCGCCCGCUAUCCUGGCAUCCUCAGUGCUGAUACCCCUCCAGGUGGCGGAACUACCGAUUACGCUGUCGAUAUUUUCCACCAUGCCAUCCGUCAUGGCCACUACGACUGCUUCCUGUCCAAGGACACACGCCUGCCUAUGAUGUACCUGAGCGACUGCAUCAAGGGCACAGUCGACCACCUCACUCACCCAACGCCAUUGCCUCAGUCUGUCUACAACAUUGCUGCGGUCUCAUUCACGCCUGAAGAACUGGCAACAGAGAUCCGCAAGCACUUGCCUCACUUCACCAUCUCAUACCCAGACCCUGCACGCCCAGAUUUCCGUCAGGCAAUUGCAGACUCUUGGCCAGCGUCACUGGAUGACUCGAUGGCACGGCGGGACUUUGGCUGGAGGGAGGAGUACGGUCUGGAGAACAUGGUCAAGCUGAUGUUGGACAAGAUCCAGGCUCAGGUCGAUACUGAGAAGAAGACCAUGGGCUCAAAUGAUGGCUCUACGACAGCAGCCAUGGCCGCCUAGAAAAAGCGCGUGUCGAGUCGUACUUUUUUUUUCUGUUUAGCAUAUUAUUCUCAUUAUCAUCAUUAUGGCGCACAUUUUUCUCUUGCGGUCAAUAUGCGCUGUCACCGUCUAAUAAAACCCUCGAGUGAACCCUAUUUUUACGCCACCAACUUCAUCAGCGCAGUGUAUGCGGAAGCGGCUCCUUGUGGUAUCG